AUGACCAUGGCAGUGACCAAAGCAGUAGAAGAAGGCUCUAAGGCAAUUAUCUGUGCAUCUACAGGCAAUACCUCUGCUGCUGCUGCUGCAUAUGCUGCUCGUGCGGGUAUCAAAGCAUUUGUGUUAAUCCCAGAAGGCAAAAUUGCCAUGGGUAAAAUGGCACAAGCGAUGAUGUACGGCGCGAUCACCAUGCAAAUUCGCGGGAACUUCGAUGACGGCAUGCGUUUGGUUAAAGAAGUUGCAGACCAAGCGCCGGUCGUGCGCCUGACUACCACUGCUUACCUGUUGGUAAUGCGGGCAAUAUCACUGCGCAUUGGAUGGGUUAUACCGAAGCAGUUGCUAAUCAACCUGUUGAAGCAUUUGAACAAGUGGUUUAUGACCCUGAAACAGAUAAGUUUACCGGUCCAAACCCUGAAGGUCGUCCGAUCAUGGUCGGUUAUCAAGCUUCUGGUGCUGCGCCAUUCUUACGUGGUGGUCCUGUUGAAAACCCAGAAACAGUUGCAACAGCAAUUCGUAUUGGUAAUCCUCAAAGCUUUAAUCAUGCUAAAGCGGUCGUUCGUGACUCAAAUGGCUGGUGCUUUUGAUUUUGUCAGCAAACCGAUUAACCAAUUACAUCUGCAACAGCUUUUACAAAAAGCUUUGCAUGUACCACAGUUAAGGGAAACUAUCAGCGAUGCGCCGCUUGAGGAAUCAAUGCUCAUCGGUGAUUCACAGGUCAUUCGUAAAGAAGUAGUUGCCAAUCUCAUCCAUCUACUCAGCAACCGCAGUGAUAGCCCUUUUGUUGCGAUUAAUUGUGGUGCAAUUUCUGAAGAGUUGAUGGAGAGUGAGCUAUUUGGGCAUAAGAAAGGCUGUUUUUCAGGUGCAACUCAAGACAAACAGGGCCUAAUUCAAGCUGCCAAUGGGGGCACCCUGUUUUUAGAUGAAAUUGCAGAACUGUCAUUGGCCAUGCAAGCCAAACUGUUACGAGCUUUACAAGAAAAGAAAAUUCGUCCUUUAGGCAGUGAUACCGAAAUCGAAGUUGAUUUUCGUAUUAUCAGUGCAACACAUCAAGACAUUGAAGCGUUCGUUGAACAAGGCAAAUUCCGUCAUGAUCUGUUCUUUAGAAUUCAUGUGAUGGAUAUUGUGCUCCCGCCAUUGCGCGAACGUGAUUGUGAUAUUUUGAUUUUAGCCAAUCAUUUUCUUCAGCAAAUUUGUACAGAAUGGCGUAUUUCAACCAAGUCAUUCACUGAACAAGCCAAAGCUUUUCUUUUGCAACAACAUUACUCAGGCAAUGUUCGUGAAUUACGCAAUAUCAUCGAAAAAGCCAUUACCAUGAGUGAUGAAGACUAUAUUGAUAUUCAACAGCUACAACCUGCUCCGCAUCGUGGUAUCCACAAAGUCGAACAGCAUGAUCUGAUGCAAAGUAAAGCCUUGCCUAUCGUUAUGCCGAAUAAAGCACAAAACAUUCCAGAAGAAGGUUUGGAGCAAUAUUUGGAAAAAGUCGAAAAAGAGGUGCUGUUAUCUGCAUUAAAUCAAACCCAUUGGAAUCGCACUUUAGCUGCGAAGAAAUUGGGCAUGACGUUUCGUUCUUUACGUUACCGUUUGAAAAAGUUUGGUUUAGAUACCGAUGAUGAUGAAUAA